GGGCGCGUCCUGCGUCUGGAAGCGAUUGGCUGCCGAGGCGCGCGCGGGGGCUGAGCUCCGCGCCAAGGCGGCCCCCUCGCCCAGCUUACAAAUGCCGCCAAGCCCGCACGCCAAACUUCACUCCAACUCCGCCGCUGGGCGCUCUCGCGCUCUCCUCGUUGCGCGCCUGAGGUGGCCUCGCGCCCCUGCCUGCCUGCCUCUGUUCCCUCUGCGGUUGCUGUGGCCGAGGCGGCUGCCGGGCUUGCGCUUCUUGGGGCAACUCCCGCGGCAGAGACAUGCCUCCGUCGUCGGCGCCGGCUGCUCCCUGGAAAAGCUUCACUCUGGCUUUGCUCUUAGCCACCGGCGGAGCGACUCCCUCGAGGCGGAGAUCCCAGAUCUCCUUUCCUUCACUGAAGCAGAAAUGGGAAGAAUAUCGGCUCCAGUGUUUGGAGUAUCUCCAUGAAACACCCCCUCUUAUGGCAGAAGGCAAGUUCUGCAACAGGACAUUUGAUGAAUAUGCAUGCUGGCCUGAUGGUCUGCCUGGCACCUAUGUGAACAUGAGCUGCCCUUGGUAUCUUCCAUCAGCUAGCCCAGGGCAAGUUUACCGCUUCUGCACACUGGAGGGCACGUGGCUGCUGGAGGAAAAUUCUACCAUUCCAUGGAGGAACAUAUCUGAGUGUAUGGCUACUGAUGAAGACUCACCAGAAAGCCACAUGCUAUUCCUUUCUGCCAUCUAUACCACUGGAUAUGCUCUUUCCUUCUCGGCCCUUGUCAUAGCAACUGGCAUCCUCCUGGGGUUCAGGCACCUGCACUGCCCCAGGAACUACAUUCACUUGAACCUUUUCACCUCAUUUAUCCUCCGUGCUAUAUCCAUCUUCAUUAAAGACUCCGUGAUAACAUGGAUGUAUAGGACAGCCCCUCGUGAACAGCAGUGGGAGAGUUUAUUCUCUUAUCAGGAGUCACUUAGCUGCCGCUUGGUCUUUGUGAUGAUGCAGUAUUGUGUGAUUGCCAACUACUAUUGGCUGUUGGUGGAGGGAAUGUACUUGUAUACGCUGCUAGCACUAUCUGUUUUUUCUGAGCAGAGAAUCUUUCGGCUCUACCUUUUCGUUGGCUGGGGUGUGCCAGUGCUGUUUGUUAUCCCCUGGGGAAUUGUCAAGUACCUUUAUGAAGAUGUGGGCUGCUGGAACAAGAAUCUUAACAUGAACUACUGGCUGAUCAUCAGGCUGCCCAUCCUUGUUGCUAUAGGGAUAAAUUUCCUGAUCUUUAUCAGGGUUAUUUGCAUUAUCAUUUCUAAGCUGCAAGCCAACCUGUUGCGCAAAACUGACAUAAAAUGCAGAUUGGCCAAAUCUACGCUGACUCUGAUUCCACUGUUGGGGACCCAUGAGAUUGUAUUUGCUUACAUUACUGAUGAGCAUGCCCAAGGAACAUUGCGCUUUGUGAAGCUCCUUUUUGAACUCUCCUCCUCUUCCUUUCAGGGUCUUCUGGUUGCAAUUCUCUACUGUUUUAACAACAGUGAGGUCCGGACAGAAUUCCAAAAAAGCUGGGAGCGCUGGCGACUAGAGCACUUUUAUGUCCGCAGAGACAGCAACAUGAAGCCACUCAAGUACCCAGCCAACAGUAUAAGCAGCGGAGGUACCCUGGGGAGCACAGUCUAUGCCGCCACUUUCCAGGCUACAUUUAGCUAAGAUUCUGUGGAGGCAGGUGUAGAGGAGUCUGACCAACUGACAUGAACUGUAGGAGGUACAAUCGAAUCCCCUUGAAUAUCCAGCCAGCCAGAUCGCAUGAGGCCUUUGGAAGACUUGAACCUCCCUCGUUCAUGGCUGCAGGCAGCUGGACAAGCUUUCAAAAUAAAUAAUAUAAUCUCUACAUUUGAGGGGAGGACAUGCUCUUUAAAGUAAGCUUAAAGCAUUUCUUCUCAAUAUCAGAGGCCUCCAGGUGCCCAAAGCCCAUAAACAGUGUGUUGAUGCUGUCACAAAGCGUAAAGGUAAUCAUUUAUUAGCGUGGGUAGACCGGUUGACAGCUUUACUGAUUAAAUUACACGGAUGCAGCUGAUCAGUACAAACAAGAAAAAAUUCCCAUUGGGGGAAAAAGGGAGAUUAACCUUUUGCAUGGUUACAAAGAAACAGUCACCAUAAUCUGUAGGUGCAUUUCAAGCCUUUCCAAGUGGUAGCUUUCUUAAGCACCCAAUAUGCAGUCAUUUGACUUGGGUGUUCCAGGCAUUUCCACAAAUGGGACUUUUGUUGUAGUAGGGAAAUAGCA